UGCGUUUUCUCUCCUGCCGCUUUACCGUGUGGGAAGCUCAAUGCAGCAGCAAAACCAACAUACUUAGAAGAAGACGAGGUGGAAUAGUUGGUUUACAAGACCGCUCUCUUAAUUAGCAAGAUGACUGCGCCAACAAUUAUUUUCACGGUGUGGUUUAGCGUGUCACCUGUUUUUCGAGUGCUUUUUACUCAUUUGAAUUAUUAAUUUCCUCGCCAGUUCGGUCGCCGAUACCCCUCGAGUGACAUUCGAGCGCGUAGUUCGUUUUUCUCUUAUCCCGCAACUUGCAUAUUCUUCAUAAACGGCUGGAAUCAAAGGAGUCUGAUUUUCAGUCAUCAGGGAGAAUGCUGGACUUGUUUUGCAUCCCAAUCCACCACUUGCUAUUUCAUCAUUUUCACUCUGCUUUCGAAACGACUUCGUUCUUCAGAGCCUCGACGUUUUUGAGAUGCCUCAGAAGAGCUCAGUAACCUUGGGAUUUUAUGACACAAUAUAUGUUUUGUACAAGUGGAGCCUGACAGGGAGAGAGACUGAGACUGAAAUUUGAACCUGACUGAAUGGGUAUAGUCCCUCUCUUGGCGCUCCCCAUGUCCGGUGUCAUCUGAAAAAGAGGGAGAUAUUAUCAAAGCCGGUUACUAAAUGGUUUACUGGGGGAUUUUUAAAAGGCAAAAUGCUGCUGCUUGUUCUGUUGGCCUUUUCCAUAUCGAGUUCAUUUUCUGACUCGGAUUCGGACCUCAGAGCUGAGACCUGCAGCGCUUGCUCCUGCAUGUCCAUCGAAAACGUCCUCUAUGUGAACUGUGAAAAAAUAACUGUGUAUAGACCAACGCAGCUGCAGCCGCCAGUAUCCAUCCUCUACCAUUUGAAUUUCCAGAACAACCUUUUGUACAUCCUUUACCCCAACUCUUUUUUGAAUUUCACACAUGCAGUCUCACUCCAGUUGGGGAACAACAAACUCCAGAACAUUGAGGGAGGGGCGUUCAUGGGGCUUAGUGCAUUGAAACAGUUGCACUUAAAUAACAAUGAAUUAAAGGAGCUCCGCGCUGACACUUUUCGGGGGAUCGAGAACUUGGAAUAUCUCCAGGCAGACUACAAUUUAAUCAGGUUUAUAGAGAAAGGAGCCUUCAACAAACUGCAUAAACUGAAAGUCCUAAUUUUAAAUGACAAUCUUAUUCAAAGCCUACCUGAGAACAUUUUUCGAUUCGCCUCCCUUACUCAUUUGGACAUAAGAGGAAACAGGAUACAGAAGCUUCCUUAUCUUGGAGUUCUGGAGCACAUUGGGAGGAUCGUGGAAUUGCAGUUGGAUGACAACCCGUGGAAUUGCACUUGUGAUUUGUUACCAUUAAAGGCCUGGUUGGAGAACAUGCCCUAUAAUAUUUUUAUCGGGGAGGCUAUCUGUGAGACCCCUAGUGAUCUUUAUGGCCGGCUUUUAAAGGAGACCAACAAACAGGAGCUGUGCCCGAUGGGGACAGGCAGUGACUUUGAUGUACGGAUGCCCCCCUCUCAACCUGAAGGUGGGCUUACGAUGUCUAACAUGGCACCCUCAACCAUAGCACCUUUAGUUACCAAAGCACCCAAAACCACCAAUCCCUCCAAAAUAUACGGCAAUGGAAUUGUUGCUGGUAAUCCAGCUGGAAAAAAUGGCCAAAUUGUGUCCUACCAAACUAGAAUUCCUCCCCUGUCUUGUCCCCAGCCAUGUACAUGCAAAGCUCACCCGUCUGACUUUGGUAUUAGCGUCAGCUGUCAAGAAAGGAACAUCCAGAGUCUAGCAGAUCUGAUACCUAAACCGCAAAAUGCCAAGAAAUUGCACCUUAGUGGUAAUUACAUCCGAGAUAUCAACCCCACCGACUUUCAGGGUUUUGAGGGGUUAGAUUUAUUACAUUUGGGCAGCAAUCAAAUAUCCACCGUCCAAAAAGGUGUGUUUUCAAACCUGACCAACCUCCGUAGGUUAUACCUUAAUGGAAACCAGCUGGAGCAGCUGCACCCUGAAAUGUUUCUUGGGCUUAGUAAUCUCCAAUAUCUCUAUUUGGAGUACAAUGCCAUAAAGGAGGUGUUAGCAGGGACAUUUGACUCAAUGCCAAAUUUGCAGCUCUUGUACCUGAAUAACAAUGUGCUCAGAAGCCUUCCCGCAUAUAUCUUUGCAGGCAUCUCUCUAGCCAGAUUGAAUCUAAAGAACAACCACUUCAUGACGUUGCCUGUGAGUGGCGUCCUAGACCAGCUCAAAACUCUCACUCAGAUAGACCUGGAUGGCAACCCCUGGGAAUGCUCCUGCGAUUUGGUGGCUCUUAAACUGUGGCUUGAGAAACUGAACGAAGGAGUGGCCGCCAAGGGUUUCAAGUGUGCAUCUCCUGUGCAGUUCUCCAACAUCGAGCUGAGGGAGCUAAAAAAUGAGAUCAUUUGUCCCAAGCUCAUCGCCAGGCCUCCUUUUAUCCUGACCAGUGCCACCCCCCUUCUCACAUCACUGUCAUCUGCCGGAGUUGGCAAGGCACCUUCCAGUGGCCCUGUGCCGCUGUCUAUUAUGAUCUUGAGCAUUCUGGUGGUUCUGAUCCUCACUGUCUUUGUGGCCUUCUGCCUGCUGGUCUUUGUGCUGAGACGCAACAAAAAGCCGGCAGGGAGACAGGAGGGACUUGGAAACCAGGAGUGUGGCUCCAUGCCUCUCCAGAUCAGGAGGCACAAUCACAAAUCAAACAAGAAGGAUGAUCUGGGUGGCGAGACCUUCAUCCCGCAGACCAUCGAGCACAUGAGCAAAGCUCACACCUGUGGAAUUAGAGACUCGGAGUCGGGUUACAAAUUCAUAGACUCAGAACGUCAGAAAAUGAUGUUACGCAACAGCGCCGAUAAAGACAAAGACUCUCUUUCCCUGGAAGCUAGGAAGAGAUUAAGCACCAUCGAUGAGCUGGACGAGUUCUUACCGGGACGAGACAACAUGUUCCUCCACAAUUACUUGGAGAGCAAAAAGGAUUUCAACAGUAUAGGGGUGAGUGGCUUUGAGAUCCGUUACCCCGAGAAACCACAUGACAAAAAAAUGAAAAAAUCAUUGAUAGGGGGAAACCACAGUAAGAUAGUCAUUGAGCAGCGUAAGAGUGAUUAUUAUGAACUAAAAGCAAAAAUGGGGACCCCAGACUACCUUCAAGUACUAGAGGAACAGACAGCUCUCAGUAAAUUCUAGAACUUCAUCUCCAUCUGCCCCAUAUUGACAAAAGUGCCUUAUGACAUUUCUUAAUGACCAGUGGAAUACCGGACACGUUUCAGUCAAUACAAAACAUAACUCUCCGUAUCUUAGAAUCGGUGGCUGUGUUAAAAUUACAUUUUUACAUGUUUAUGUUAUGAUGCCAUUAAGAAGUAAGAAUCACAUCAGUCAGUAUAGAAUGAUAUAUCCUUACACACAGUUGUAGUUUGCUGCUAUUUAUAUGAGUUCCAUAAAAUUCCACAGAACUUUGUUUUGAACCAAAUGAUUGGGUCAUGAAACAGUGUUGAGUGUACUUCAUAUUGACCCCUCUUCAUUGUUUUUGGUUGGAAGUAUUUUUAGGAAUCUUGGGAUGACAAAAUCAAAUGGAGUGGAAGAAUUGGAAGUUGUCUCAUGCUUGAAAGUGGUGGAAUACCGCAGACUGCCCACACUUGGAUUAUAUUUUGCCACUUUUGGGGGCCUUGAAACUGAUGGAUUUGAUUAUAACGGAAGGUACUGGCAGCCAACAUCCAUACAUUUUGGAUUAUUCCAAUGACCUGUAAAGAGCCAUUUGAUAUUGUUCUGCUGAAAUGUGAUCCCUUUUGAAGUGUUUGAGUAUGGCACAUGACAGGACAUUCAUGAACUCAAGAGAAACUAAACAGCUGCUUGCCAUGUAAGCGUAUCUGGAUUUAUUUUGUAAGUCGACAUUAUUUGUAUUUGUGGGGCAGUUGUGUAAAUUACAACAGUCAACAAUUUAAUUCAACAAUCUCAUCCUCAAAAUAAAAUGGAUUCAAGAAAAAUAUAUAAAAAGUCAAAAAAGAACAAAAAACAAUGAUGACCACUGUCAGCUGUCAAAUUCGUAGUUUAACUUCAUAUUUAAUUUAUUUUUCUAUGCAGGAUUAUUUAAAGAUUAUUGGUACUAUUUAACAGUUUCAAGAGACAUUUUGAAUGCUAUAAAUUAUUCAGGCUCUGAAGUUCUAAAUAUAAAAUUAUGUUCUGACCUGAGUUACAUUCUGGAUUUUUCUGGUGCCCUGAUUGACAGAGGAUUAGAGAUGACAGUGAUGUAAUUCUCACUGUCAUGUUGCACGAGGUACGGCCUCAUAGUGUGUCAAGUCUAACAGUUUGCUUAUUCUUAUAUCCCAGAACAACUUGUAAAAGGUUUCUUAUUAACAAUAUGCAACCAAAUAAGUGUGCAUUACUGUGAUAUGAUUCUGGAUAGUUCAAAUGUGGAUCAGGGGAAUUAAAUGCUAAUCGGCUGUAAUACACUGGAUAAUUUAUUGGAUUUGCUGGGAGGAUUGUGUUUUAGCAACACCAACUGUGAGAUCCAACCUGCUUUGUGAAAAGGCGGCAGAUUUGGUCCGAAUCAUAUCACAUUUCAUGUGCAAUAUUAUUAUGCUCAAUCAUAUUAGCUUGAAAUCUUUAUUUUGUUUCGUCCGUUCAAGUUAAUAUAACAGAGAGAGAGAGCUUAAUUUUUUUAAAGAAAAGGCUUAAUUUCACUCAGUCUUUAUUUAAAAUAUUAAGUUAAUGAUUGUUUAAAAUAGAAUGUACCAUGAGAGAUAAAAUAAAUACAAUUUUAUAUUGGUCAUGAAGAAUCUGUAUAUUGGUUGAUUUCAUUGUGCAAUCCUGUUGAGGUCAAGUUAUUAAAAUUCUAUUUCAUUUGCUUUGUCUUUUAUUCUGCCUUUCUUAUUUCUGUUUACACAAGUGUUGCCAUGUUUUGUUAAUCGUUAAAGUUGCUUUUGAAAUAAAAGGCCCUGAAUGCUCUU